GGAAAAAAACUCACCAAUACAGUUCAUUCGAAUUGCGUACCGCGCAGGCAUCACACUGCCUUUUGCUAUCAUUUAGUAUUAGUACAUAUUCCAGCUGUCAGUAUGGUUGAAGCGUUCUGUGGAACUUGGAAGCUUGUAGACAGUCAGAACUUUGACGAGUAUAUGAAAGCGAUUGGAGUGGGCUUUGCCCUCAGACAAAUUGGCAACGUUACGAAGCCCACUAUCAUCAUCAGUGAGGAUGGAGACAAGGUCGUCCUGAAAACCCAGAGUACGUUCAAAAACAACGAAAUAUCAUUCAUACUGGGAGAAGAAUUUGAAGAGACAACGCCGGACGACAGGAAAUGCAAAUCUACCGUGACCCUGGAAGAUGAUAAACUGGUCCAAGUUCAAAAGUGGGACGGCAAAGAAACCACGUUUGUCCGAGAGGUCAAAGACGGGAAGAUGAUCAUGAACCUUACCUGUAACGAUGUCAAUGCACUGCGCAUAUACGAAAAGGCGUAAAAUACGUCGUCUCUCUUUUAAUAAUUUUAUGCUUACUUAAUUGCCUCUAGAUCUAAAAUGUUUUCCUUUGGUUUGCUUUUAUGAAAACACAUCGACGUCUGUUGCGUCCACUUAAUUUUUAUAUGAAUAUGCUAUACUGAAAAAUAGAACUUAAUAAAAAAUAAGCAGACCUACUGA